AUGGGCUGCGGCGGGAGCCGGGCGGAUGCCAUCGAGCCCCGCUACUACGAGAGCUGGACUCGCGAGACGGAGUCCACCUGGCUCACCUACACCGACUCGGACGCGCCGCCCAGCAACGCCGCCCCGGACAGCGGCCCCGAGGCGGGCGGCCUGCACGCGGUUUUAAGUGCACAGCAAAGUGAUUAUAGGCAUGAAACAGAUUCUCCCUCACAGGAGAAUCUGUUCUAUGCCUCUCUCUUAGCUCCUGGCAGUUUGCUGGCAGUCUUUAGGCAUGGUGUGCUGGAAGAUGGCGUGUCCUCCAAUGGUGUGUCCCGAUCGACAGCCCCAAAUGGAAUAUCCAACCCAGAGAAGAAGAUGAGUUGUGGGACCCAGUGUCCAAAUCCCCAGAGCCUCAGCUCAGGCCCCCUGACUCAGAAACAGAAUGGCCUCCAAACCGCAGAGGCUAAAAGAGAUGCUAAGCGGACGUCUGCAAAAGAAGUCACCAUUAAUGUAGCAGACAGCAUCCGACAGGUGGACAGAAGUCGAAGAAUCACAAAGAACUGCAUCAACUAGCAGAGUGUUCAGCCAGCUGAAGGACAGAGGGGCUUCUUUGGUGCCCUUUACAUCUUGGAUUCCAUCACAGAACCUUGAAGAAGUGCGUGGCCCUUGCUGCCGAGUGCCUUGGGAGACUGUCUUAGGCCGUUGAGAUGUUCGCAACCUCCUGUGUAUCACAUAAAUAUAUUGGCACAGUACUCCCAUAGGGUAAUAAACUGUGAAUGUACGUUCAGUUUGCCUCUUGCAACUCCUGCAGUGUGGUCUGGUGAGCAAAAGCCCUGGGCCAGUUUAGGAAACAGAAAAGUAGGAGGGGUGGGUUCCUAGCUGAAAAGUCACAGUCCGUUCUGAGCUCUCCUGGCCAUGGUCGUGCGCACUGUUUCAGGCAAGCUUAUUAUUUCAUUCUCCCUUUUUGAAAUAACACCAUCACAAAGCUUAUAGUGUUCACUUAAAAGUUGGCUUUCACCCAACUCUAAACCCACAUGUAUGAGGAAUCUAGAAACAGGAAAACUCUCUGUUAUUCCUGUUUCCUUAGCUAGGAUGAGACAGAUUCAGAUCCAGUUUUGCACAGACUAACCCCACCAACACCCACAGUGUGUCCCAGGGAGGCCUCUGUGAUACAGUCGCACCCAUUUCUCUCUCAUCUCCUUCAGCAUUCCCCCAGGCUGGGGUCCGCGUCAGCCUCUGAACCAUAAUAUCACAGUAGUGGUCGCCUGGGAGCCCUCAGGGCUCAGCAGACAUUGCAUUUUUCCAGCUUUCCACUGCCCUUUGCUUGUGUUCUUGAGUGUUUUUUUCUCUCCAGUUAGGCCAUUUGCCGUUGUUAAUCAAAGACCGGGCUCACAAGAGGGAGAAAAUCUGGAACAUGUCAGCUUCCCUUUGGCCUCUCUGCGCAACCCAGGACUGUGUCAUUUGGUAUCUGCAAAGGAAUGGCUUUAAAAAGUCAGUAACUGGUUGGUGUGUGUUCAUGUGGACAUUAGAUUGACAUGCACUGUGUUAGAAAUCAGUAGCUGAGGCAGUAAAAAAAAAAAAAUUUGAUAGGAAUAAAAUUUUCUAGCAUUUCUUUAAACAUGUUAAGGUGGAAGUAUUUUCCUCCAAAGUAACGUAGUAUGAUUUUUAAAGCACUGUUAACAUGCCUGGGAUUGGGAAAGGUAGGACUAAAGUUGUACCAAAUGAUACCAAUAAACUCCAUAUUUAGCAGAAAUAGGCAGUCCGAUGGUGUGUGUUUAUCUAACAUGGUCCAGAGAAUUGAUACAAGCAGGUUAAAAAUUCAGAUACUUGGCCUCCUUACCUGCCAACUCUGUUACUCCUCAAACACAAGUGAGUAUCUUUCCUUCCAUCCUUCCUUCCUUCCUUCCUUCCUUCCUUCCUUCCUUCGGUGGAUUGUGUAUUUAUUCAUUAAACAGUAAACGCCAACCCUGUGUCAGGCACCAUGCAGAUACUGAGAGAUUUGGAGUCUGGCCAGUCACAGUUAUAUAUCCUGAAUUUGAUGGUGAA